AAUGGGGGGAGCCGGAAGCAGGAAGUGAGUUUGCGAUCGGAGCAGCUGCUGCAGGUGAGCAGGGCCCAUGGCGGACACCCAGUACAUCCUCCCCAAUGACAUCGGCGUGUCUAGCCUGGACUGCCGCGAGGCCUUCCGCCUGCUGUUACCCACAGAGCGCCUCUAUGCCCACCACCUGUCACGGGCUGCCUGGUAUGGAGGCCUGGCCGUGCUGCUGCAGACCUCCCCUGAGGCCCCCUACAUCUAUGCCUUGCUCAGCCGCCUCUUCCGUGCGCAGGACCCCGACCAGCUGCGCCAGCAUGCCCUGGCUGAGGGCCUUACCGAGGAGGAAUAUCAGGCGUUCCUGGUCUACACUGCAGGUGUCUACUCCAACAUGGGCAACUACAAGUCCUUUGGUGACACCAAGUUUGUUCCCAACCUGCCCAAGGAGAAGCUGGAACGUGUGAUCCUGGGCAGUAAGGCCGCGGAGCAGCACCCGGAGGAAGUCAGGGGCCUCUGGCAGACCUGCGGGGAGCUCAUGUUCUCUCUGGAAUCGAGGCUUCGACACCUCGGGCUGGGGAAGGAGGGAAUCACCACCUAUUUCUCUGGGAACUGUACCAUGGAAGAUGCCAAACUAGCCCAAGACUUUCUGGACUCACAGAACCUCAGUGCCUACAACACACGGCUCUUCAAGGAGGUCGGCCAGGAUGGGAAGCCCUGCUACGAGGUGCGGUUGGCUUCUGUGCUGAGCACAGAGCCUAUUCUGGACUCCGAAAUGAAUUCCAAGCUGAAGAGCUAUGAAUUCCAGGGAAGCAAUUUCCGGGUGACCCGGGGAGACUAUGCACCCAUCCUCCAGAAGGUGGUGGAGCACCUGGAGAAAGCCAAGGCCUAUGCAGCCACCAGCCACCAGGAGCAGAUGCUGGCCCAGUACAUAGAAAGCUUCACCCACGGCUCUGUCGAGGCCCACAAGAAGGGCUCUCGCUUCUGGAUCCAGGACAAAGGCCCCAUCGUGGAGAGUUACAUCGGGUUCAUCGAGAGCUACCGAGACCCCUUUGGCUCCCGCGGAGAGUUUGAAGGCUUCGUGGCCAUGGUGAACAAGGCCAUGAGUGCCAAGUUUGAGUGGCUGGUGGCAAGUGCAGAGCAGCUGUUGAAGGAGCUUCCCUGGCCCCCAGCCUUCGAGAAGGACAAGUUCCUCACCCCCGACUUCACCUCCCUGGAUGUUCUCACCUUCGCCGGCUCCGGCAUCCCUGCCGGCAUCAACAUCCCCAACUAUGACGACCUAAGGCAGACAGAAGGCUUUAAGAACGUGUCGCUGGGGAACGUGCUGGCCGUGGCCUACGCCACGCAGCGGGAGAAGCUCACCUUCCUGGAGGAGGAGGACAAGGACCUGUACAUCCGCUGGAAGGGACCCUCCUUUGACGUGCAGGUGGGGCUGCACGAGCUGCUGGGCCACGGCAGCGGCAAGCUCUUCGUGCAGGAUGAGAAAGGAGCAUUCAACUUUGACCAGGAGACAGUGAUCAACCCAGAGACGGGGGAGCAGAUUCAGAGCUGGUACCGGAGCGGGGAGACCUGGGACAGCAAGUUCAGCACUAUCGCCUCCAGCUAUGAAGAGUGCCGGGCAGAGAGCGUGGGCCUCUACCUCUGUCUCAACCCCCAAGUGCUGGAGAUCUUUGGCUUUGAGGGGGCUGAUGCAGAAGAUGUGGUCUACGUGAACUGGCUCAACAUGGUUCGGGCCGGGCUGCUUGCUCUGGAGUUCUACACCCCCGAGGCCUCCAGCUGGAGACAGGUGGGGGCCAGGGGACCCCUCAGGAGGGAGGAGCCUGAGGCCCACAUGCAGGCCCGGUUUGUGAUCCUGAGGGUCUUGCUGGAGGCUGGCGAGGGACUUGUUACCGUCACUCCCACCACAGGCUCCGAUGGGCGCCCAGAUGCCCAGGUCCACCUUGACCGCAACAAGAUCCGGACUGUGGGCAAGCCCGCCCUGGAGAGGUUCCUGCGGAGACUCCAGGUGCUGAAGUCCACGGGGGAUGUGGCCGGAGGCCGGGCCCUGUAUGAGGGGUAUGCGGCGGUCACCGAUGCACCCCCCGAGUGCUUCCUCUCCCUCAGGGACACAGUGCUGCUCCGUAAGGAAGCCCGGAAGCUCAUCGUUCAGCCCAACACUCGCCUCAAAGGCUCAGAAGUACAGCUUCUUGAGUAUGAGGCCUCAGCUGCUGGCCUCAUCCGAUCCUUUUCUGAGCGCUUCCCAGAGGAUGGGCCCGAGUUGGAGGAGAUCCUCACCCAGCUGGCCACAGCUGAUGCCCGGUUCUGGAAGUGCCCCAGUGAAACCCCAUCUGGCCAGGCUUGAGGCAGAUUUGCGCAGCCUUUCCCCCACUCCAUUAAACCAAGGCUGCAAGUGGCCCCCUUUUUGUGUGUGUCUUAAGGGCCAGGGGAGGGGCAGGAGCUCGGACCUUGGUGCUACCUCAGCCAAGGGUGGUGACACUAAGCCCUUCCAUUUGACAGCACUUUCCAGCUUACCAAGUGCUUCCCCUGUGUUAUCUCAUUUGAUCUGCACUGCCCUCUGUGGGGUGGGCAAGGCAGGGCUCUGUAUCUGGCUUCCCAGAUGAGGCAAUGCAGGUUCUGAGAAAGUGACCUGUCACCCUGCAGGACUCAAAACCUCUCCCAAUCCAGUGCUCUUCAUGUAUUACUUUUAUAACCAGAAAAAUAAAUAUUAGAAACCACCACCA